ACGCCUGAGAAGCCUCUGCAGGAGAGGGAAGGAGCAGAGGGGCUCAACCACGAUGGUGUUGCCCUGAAGACCAGACGAGCUGUGCACACCGUGACGGGCUGCGACAGAGACCACGGCUCCAGUAUAUAAAUCAGGCAAAUUCCCCAUUUGAGCAUGAACUUCUGAAAACGGCCUGCAUCUAAGGUCUCCUCCAAGGCCCUCUGGAGUCCAGCCCAUAAUGAAGGUCUUGGCCGCAGGAGUUGUGCCCUUACUGCUGGUUCUGCACUGGAAACACGGGGCAGGGAGUCCCUUACCCAUCACCCCUGUAAAUGCUACCUGUACCACACGCCACCCAUGCCACGGCAACCUCAUGAACCAGAUCAAGAACCAACUGGCACAGCUCAAUGGCAGUGCCAAUGCCCUCUUCAUUUCCUACUACACAGCCCAAGGGGAACCGUUUCCCAACAACCUGGACAAGCUGUGUGGGCCCAACAUGACAGAUUUCCCGUCUUUCCAUGCCAAUGGGACUGAGAAGACCAAGUUGGUGGAGCUGUAUCGGAUGGUCGCGUAUCUGAGUGUCUUCCUGAGCAACGUCACCCGGGAUCAGAGGGUCCUGAACCCCAAUGCCCAGAGCCUCCACAGCAAGCUCAAUGCUACUAUAGACAUCAUGCGUGGGCUCCUCAGCAAUGUGCUUUGCCGGCUGUGCAACAAGUACCACGUGGGCCAUGUGGAUGUGACCUAUGCCCCCGACACCGCCAGCAAAGAUGCCUUCCAAAAGAAAAAGUUGGGCUGCCAGCUCCUGGGGACAUACAAGCAAGUCAUUAGCACGGUGGCCCAGGCCUUCUAGACAGGAGGCCUUACAUAUGGACUGAGAGAUUUCAGGAGCAGGAUCCAGAUGUGGGGGGUGGGGACUCAAAGUGUGCUGGGGUUCAGGGCAUUGUUAAAUGCAAAGGGGGCUGCUGGCAGACCCCAGGGAUUUCCAGCCACUCACUGCACUCUGGGCUGGGCUGUGAUGGAGUCCAUUGAAGCUGAAACUUCCAUAGGCAGGGCCUCCAGAUAGCCCAGCCCCAGCAGGAAGUGGCAUGGAAGAGGCUAAGUGUGGUGAGAUUUCUGUCCCACUAACUUCCCUCGGCCUGUUGUUCACUAGGUGUGUGAACAAGAUGCACGUGUUGUCUAUAGCGGACAGCAAAGGUCUGAGGAGUCUCCUGGUCCCCUGCAGAGUGGCCACCAUCUGGACUUUUGCUGUCCCUUUGAGAGACUUUGGAAGGCUUGGUGGUAAUGUGGGCAGGCCAGAGGAUCCGAAAGGACUCCUUGUCUUUUUGAAGUUUUGUGGGUGGAAGGCAGAGAGGGUACCCUGUGAUGGGAUGUAUCUUCUCUUGAGUUUGAUUGGAGAGUUCAGGCUUAGGGACUGUCAUGUCAGGUGGAAGAUUCUGGAAGGUCACUGGCGGUCUGGCUCUUAGGGAUGACGAGAGGCCAUCUGCAGGUCUGGAAGUCCCUGAACGAGGCCGAGGCCAUCAGAGCGCCAUGGACUCAUUUUCCCUGCACUUUCCCCCACAACCUGGCACCGUUGGGGUCUCCCAGCUGGACCUAGAGGUGGGGUGUGCACAGGUGGGAAGAAGCAGGUUACAAAGGCAGGGGAGGUGUUCAGCAGGUUCCCAGAGUCCUCCCAGGGACGCAGCUGUAACCCUAGGAGCCAAGGAGGGAGCAAGGCAGGCAAGGUGGGGUGCUAGAAAUGCGGGUUUCAUCUGUUUCUGUUGAUGCCAGAGAACAGGUGAUCCUAAACAGACAGAGAGGUAGCCUAGAGUAGAAGGUCACGCCUGAGGCCCUGGAGGUCACACAAAGGUACUUGAGGGGACCGGAGGCUGUCUUGGGUUCCUGGAGCUUGGAGAAGCAGAACUUGAGGUCAGGGUCUCAGGGAAGCUGGAGACCCCAGGGCGCUGUGUGUGACCCAGUGCUGCUUUCUAUUUAUUACUGUAUCCUAUUUAUGUUAACUUAUUGGUGCUUGAAAUGGCAAAGUUAAUUCCCCGAAACAGUUUGAGGCCCCUUACAUGGGUCAGGCCUCACCUUGUGGGGUUUGGUCUGGGAGCUGAUGAUAUUACAGGGAGAAUAAGCCUCAUGGGUGAAGCGUAGAGAAGGGUCGAGAUCAGAGAGCUGCCUAGCUCCGCUGCCUCCCACUGUGACUCACUUUGAGGGUGUCAGGGACCUCCAGAAGGAGCUGGGCCAGUUUGUGGAGUGGUUGAUUUUUUUUUUCCUCUUUCUGGUCUCCAGGGGGGCGGAGCAGUUUGUGGUUGUUGUUGUUUUGUUCCACGGUGCUCUCUGGCGCCCCCUGGAUUCCUGCUAUGCGGCGCACCAUUCAUCACGAAAUGAAUGGCUCUGGAACCUUGGGCAAAGCAGAUUCCUUGUUCCUCAAAGAGCAGCUGAAGAACACUGAGACAUCCUGACUGGGCACCCAGCAUGCUUCCACCCAGCAUGGAAGCUCCUCGGGUGGCCUGAACACCCACAGAAUGCAGGAAGUUGGGGCAGCGCAGGCCCUGAACUGGGCCUGAACGGCUGCCCAGUGCUCCGGAGAAGGGGAGAGCAAAGCCUGGGACACAGACCAGGAAGCUGCGGUCCUUGCUUCAUCGCUGCCUUCCCACUCCCGCCCAUGUCUGGGCUCCCAGGCAGGGAAUCCGAUCUGAUCUCUCCUUUGUGCUGGGGCCAGGCAAGCAGAGGAACGCCCUCGAUCUGGGAGCAGGGUAGGGAGGAAGGCAGCCAAGCUAGGGCAGUGGCUGAGUACAGCACUAGCUGCCUCUCAACCUCAGAGCAGGGCGGCCCUUAGCGGUUCAGCUGCAGGAUUCUGCUCCAUGCAUAUUUGCACCUUCCUUUGUCAUCCUUUAAGCACUUUACCUGGACAGCAGGAGGAUGGCUCCUGAAGCUCUGGGUAGACAGGCCAACCACGGACUCGCGUGCGGCAGAUGCGGCAGCGACACCGUGGGCCCCGCUCUUGCCGCUGCAUCAGGCCCAGCUCAGGACUGGCUGCGCUUCUCCAGGCUGAGGGGCAGCAUGUCUCUACAGCGGGGGCCUGCUGGGCUUUGCCAUCACUUCGCAUCCCCGUGGGCAUGGACUCCCUGGGCUCAGCCCACCUGGCAGCUCUGAAGCUCAGGGACCAAUGGACUCUGUGUGCACAGCCCCUGGCUCCAUAAUACAGCCACCACCUGCCUACAUCUGACUCCAGCAGUUCAGAGCCAUUUUGCACAACGUCCCAGAAUCAUGGAGCCUUUGGGCGAAAGAAACCCUUUAGGGGCAGGCAGCUGUGCACCUUGAUCUCUUACACCUGCUAGCUGUUGACUCCCAUCUGCCAUGGUGGGUGGGUAGUGUGCUGGGCCGGAGGAGGAGGGAUGGGGCAUUUCGCAAUUUGUCAAGAGAGAAGCAUAGGGUCCCUUAUUUAUUAUUGAAGACUUCAAACCCCGAAGCACUGAUAGUUCACUGGUCUCUCCUCCCUGUCCUUGGUCUUUGCUCAAGUGACCCAGCUCUGCUUUGCUGGCUCUCUGGAGCAGACAUGGCACGUGGGCCGGAACCCCAGAGUCUUGCACGGGAGUGACUUAAGACGUGCAAUGGUAUGGCUGUCUGCAUUCGAAUGACCCCCAGCCCCAGCCCAAGCUCUCCUCUGCACUGCUGGUUCAGCCCAUGGGGCCUCAGCUGUUUCCCCUUUCCUUUUCAUUGGAAGGGAUUUGGCCUUGGGUGACAAAUUCCUCUUUGAUGAAUGUACCCUGUGGGAGUGUUUCAUACUGACAGAUUAUUUUUUAUUUAUUCAAUGUAUUUAAAAUAUUUAUUUUUUAUACUGAAGGAGUACCUUUUUUUUAAAAGAAAAAAUGAAUUA